AUGGCACUCUCUCAGGUUGCGUAUUUGAUUCCAUUGAAAUCAGAUUUAAAGGAAGACGAAUCAUCCCCAAGGAUUACUUUAUCUCAAGGGCCAAACACAAUCGGUCGCGGUAACGUUUCAGUCGCCGAUAAGCGUCUCAGCCGCAAACAAAUCACCAUCAUCGCUUCCACUUCUGGCUCAGCUUCGUUAUCUGUGGAAGGAACAAAUCCGGUGGUUGUUAGGUCUUCCGGCGACGGAGAGAGGAAGAAAGUAAAUCCCCGUGAAGAGGUUUCAGUAACUAAUGAUGAUGUUAUUGAAUUGAUCCCUGGUCAUCAUUUCUUCAAGCUUGUUUUGUUACCUUGUGAAAACAAUGGAGAGAAUCAGAGAGGAAGCCAUGAAAGAGCUGCUAAGAAAGCUCGGAAGGCUGAAACACAAGGAGAUGGUGGUGAUGAUGAUGUAGAGGCGAUUCGUCGAUUUGUUCCACCUAAUGAGAAAUUACCUUCUACGUUUCGGCUUUUGAAUGUUAAUGGGUUGCCUGAUUGGGCUAAUACCUCUUGUGUUUCCAUUACUGAUGUUAUUGAGGGAGACGUUGUUGCUGCAAUCCUAUCGAAUUAUAUGGUCGAUAUAGAUUGGUUGAUGUCAGCUUGUCCGAAGCUGGCCAACAUUCCCCAGGUUAUGGUCAUUCAUGGAGAAGGUGAUGGUAGGCAAGAGUAUAUUCAGAGGAAGAAGCCAGCUAAUUGGAUUCUACAUAAGCCCCGGUUACCUAUUUCAUUCGGGACACACCAUUCAAAGGCUAUGUUUCUCAUUUAUCCUCGAGGAGUGAGAGUUGUAGUUCACACUGCAAAUCUGAUCCACGUUGAUUGGAACAACAAAAGCCAAGGUUUAUGGAUGCAAGAUUUCCCUUGGAAAGAUGAUGACAAAGAUCCACCUAAAGGUUGCGAAUUCGAAGGUGAUCUUAUCGAUUACCUCACUGUUCUUAAGUGGCGUGAGUUCACUUCAAGCUUACCUGGCCGCGGUAAUGUCAAGAUCAAUGCCGCCUUCUUCAAGAAAUUUGAUUAUUCCGAGGCCACGGUUCGAUUAAUUUCAUCAGUCCCUGGAUACCACACUGGUUCGAACUUGACAAAAUGGGGACACAUGAAGCUCCGAACGAUUCUUCAAGAAUGCAUUUUCGAUAGGGAGUUUUGCAGAUCCCCGUUAGUUUAUCAGUUUUCUUCCCUUGGUUCUUUAGACGAGAAAUGGUUGACUGAAUUUGGAGCUUCUUUGUCUUCUGGUAUAACAGAGGACAAAACUCCUCUCGGUCCCGGAGAUCCUUUGAUAAUAUGGCCUACAGUAGAAGACGUCAGGUGUUCUUUAGAGGGUUAUGCGGCUGGCAAUGCAAUUCCGAGCCCAUUGAAGAACGUUGAGAAACCAUUUUUGAAGAAGUAUUGGGCUGAAUGGAAAGCGGAUCACAGUGCUCGUGGUCGUGCAAUGCCACAUAUCAAGACGUUCACACGUUACAGCGACCAAAACCUUGCAUGGUUCUUGCUAACCUCAUCGAACCUUAGCAAAGCGGCAUGGGGAGCACUUCAGAAGAACAAUUCCCAGUUGAUGAUUCGUUCCUACGAGUUGGGCGUCUUGUUCUUACCAUCUCCAAUAAAAACACAAGGUUGUAAAUUUUCGUGCAUCGAGAACAACCAGAGUACUAUGAAGGCAAAACACGAGAUAGAGAAGAGGAGAAAGCUAGUGACAAUGACUUGGAAAGGAGACCGAGAUUUGCCUGAGAUAAUCUCCUUACCAAUUCCUUAUCAACUACCUCCUAAGCCAUACACACCCGAAGAUGUUCCAUGGUCAUGGGACCGAGGAUACUCGAAGAAGGAUGUGUACGGACAAGUCUGGCCAAGAUAG